AAUAUUGUUGUCACAAAAUUGACAAGAGAAUUAGUGAAUUACUCAAGAAGAACAGUAAAAAGCGGUUGAGAAAACGUCAAUUACAAGCCAAAGCCGAAGCUGAGGGUGAUUUUAGUUACUUAAAAAAGAAGACCCCGCAAGCGCCAGUGAUAAAUGGCCAUCGGCAACCUACUCUCCCUAAGGUUGAUGAUAAUUCCCUUCUUCCUCCAUAUCCUCUGUCGCAAAAGCCAACUCUUCCAGAACCAGUGAGAAUGAACCUCCCGCCACAUGGUCAAAAUUCUGCUGGUUUACAGGGCUUGCAAAUUAAUCGCUCUGACACAAAUAAUCAUCAGCCUUAUAAAAAUAACGCAAAGGUAUCUUACCAGUUACCUGGAUCUGAAUACCCGCAACACCCAAAGCGUCCGCAAUUUUACACCAGAAAAACUCCUGCUCCUGGAAUACCACAACGUGGAUAUAAUAAUUUAGCAGCAAUGUCAGAACCUAUUCCCCAAAUACACGUCACGAGGUCGGAACCGACUUCCCCGAUACAUUCAGCGAUAUCAGAACCUAUACCCAAAUUAUACGUCGGGAGAUCAAAUCAUGUUCCUCAAAUAGAUGUCGCGAGAUCAGAGCCUAUCCCUCAAAUCGAUGUCACGUCUAAUCCCGUUCCUCAAGUAAAUGUCGCAAUGUCAGAGCCUAUUCCUUUAGUACCCCAAUCUAUUCCCCAAGCAUAUGCUACAAAGUUUGAACCUGUUUAUCAAGCAAGUAUCACGACAUCACAAUCCAUCCCCUCCAUCGAGUUGCAAUCCACUUUUCAACAGCAAAUAAAACCAAUAGAAGCGUCAUACGAUUGUGUAGACAUAAUUGAUAAUUAUCAUAGUUAUAGCAAAUCUGGUGUCAAUAACUAUAAUAAUCAUGUUAAUAAUAAUUACCCCGAUAAAAAUAAUUACAAUUACAAUAGUAAUAAUUAUGCCGAAAAUAGUUUUAACAAUUAUAACGGUAAUAAUUAUACGAAUAAUAAUUAUAAUAAUUUUAGUCAGCCUAUAGUUGAUGUGGAGCGUCACCACGAGAACAAUUUUACUUCAAGUUCGCAAUCACAUCAACUGCCAAACCAAACGGCGCUACCAGUUAACCAGUCGAUGUAUGAUUAUACGCAACAACAAGGAAGUAGUAAAGUAAUAGAAGAAGAAUAUUAUUAUGCACAAUGA